GCGACGGCGGCGACGGCGGCGAAGGUGGCGACGGUUUCGAAUCCCAAGGGAACACUUCAAGAGCUCAUCAUGAAGAAGACGAAAAGGCAGAAUUCGGAUGACUUCAGCUACACGCCGCUCCCGGAAGAUGGUCCUGGGCCCUACUUCGUGCGCCUGCGCAUUGGGAGCUUCGUGCUGGGAGGCGCAGCAGCGUUGGUUUUUGACAGCAAGCGCUUUCCGAGCAAGACGAAGAGGGCCAUCAAGGAGGCCGAGGAAGAUGUGGCCACUCAGGCCCUGGCUGAUCUGUACCCGAAGGAGGUCAACGUGCUGCAACAGCCCUCCACGGCGAGGACGCCGACCCCAGCCGAGGCGCUCCGCACCUGCGAGGCGACUGGGACAGGGGGAGCUGGAGAUCUGGCGAAGGGCGUUGAGGUUGAGGAGGCCAAGUACACGGCCGUAUUCUUGGAUAGCGAGAGCCAGCAGGCUUUGAUGGACUUUUGUGCGAAGUCCGUCCCGGGAGGAAUUCCAUCGGAGUGGACAACGUUUUGCGAUCACAUGAC